AAGUAAAGCGACAUCAAACAGUCUCUCCAGCCCUGACCUGACCCCUGAAAAUGAAGUCCCGAUUAUGACCAUUGGCCCAGGAGGAAUCAGGAGAGGUGCUGGACAGGUGUUUUCACCAAGAAUGAAACUGGAUCAAGUAGAGACACUAGGAGAAAUAAAACUGGGAUUUUUGUUGACCAAGGGUCAGUUAGAAGUAGAGGUUUUCUGUGCAUGCCAGUUGCCACCCUCAUCUUUAGGUCAGCCACCAGAUACGUACAUCAAAACGUAUCUUAAAGAGGGAGAAAAACAGAUACAGAAACGCAAGACUCGAGUAAUCCGCUCUACGACUAGUCCACAGUAUCGACAGACGUUAAAAUACAACAUGUCGGACAUCCAAGGCCGCCAUCUAUUGGUUAUGGUAUGGGAACGACAAAAAGGUUUCGAUCACAACCAGCCUAUUGGAGCUGUGGAGAUCGAACUGGGUCGCUUAGAUUUGUCAAGAUCUAUGACUUGUUGGUACCCUCUUUAUCCUCUUGCUAGCCGACAAAUUGGCUCUGUUGUGUCACCUUGACAGCCUUCAGCAGCUCCUAUUGUUGUAGGGAAGAUGGAAAGUUUAGUGUUGUAAAUGAAUAAAUAUUGUUGUAUAACUGUGUUGAAUAUUACGAUAGCAGACGAACAGUUGAAUAUUACGAUAGCAGACGAACAGUUGAAUAUUACGAUAGCAGACGAACAGUUGAAUACUGCGAUAGCAGACGAACAGUUGAAUACUAAGAUAGCAGACGAACAGUUGAAUAUUACGAUAGCAGACGAACAGUUGAAUAUUACGAUAGCAGACGAACAGUUGAAUAUUACGAUAGCAGACGAACAGUUGAAUAUUAC